UUUCGACCUCCCUGACUACUUACUCCCUGGCCGAUCCCACCAACCCAUCCAAUCCCUCACUCACCAUGUCCUACUACUUCACCGUGCUCUCCCCCACCGACGUCCCCCUCUUCAACAUCGCCUUUGGCACCUCCAAAAGCGGUGGCGAUGGCAUCGCCCGCUUCCGCUUCCCGGAUACAGCCCAGUACAUGAACCAGUUCAUCAUCCACUCUAGUCUGGAUGUUGUGGAGGAGGCGCAAUGGAUGAAUGGGAAUAUGUACCUAAAACACAUCGACACCUACCCCCCGGCCUCAGCCUACAUCUCCGCGUUCCUGACUCCCUCCGGCGCGCGUUUCCUCCUCCUACACCAACCGCCCCAACUCCCCACCAACGCCUCCUCCGCCACGACUGGCUCCAGCUCCCUCCUGGGCUCCUCGUUCUCCGGCUCCGCGGGCAGCUCGUCCCGCGCGUCCGCCAGCUCCGUCGCCGCAAACCCCACCUCCCCGCAGACAGAGGAGGCGGUCAGACAGUUCAUGACGGAGGUGUAUGAGAAUUAUGUCAAGACGGUCAUGAGCCCGUUCUAUCGCCAGGGUAUGGAGAUUAAGAGUUCGGUGUUUAGGUCCAAAGUUACGGCUGCGGGGAGGAAGUGGUUGUAGGUGCUUGUGGGUGG